AGAAGCUCUUCCCUUUGGCCUCCCCGGAGGAGGAAGAGAGCGGGCUUGGGGGGGGGCCUCUCCCAAAUGUAAGCGAUGGCCGCGGCUCUGUGCCCCCCGCCUCCGGCUCCACAGGAGCAGGAAGGGUUCCUGGUGGUGAAGCUGGAAGAGGAGGCCCCUUGGGAGCAAGAAUCUCCUCCUCGAGGGAACGAGCCCUGCCCCGAGGCUUCCCGCCGGCGCUUCCGGCAGUUCCGCUACCAGGAGGCGGCCGGGCCCCACGAGGCGUUUAGUCAGCUGUGGGAGCUCUGCUGUCGAUGGCUGAGACCGGAGCUGCGCAUGAAGGAGCAGAUCGUGGAGCUUCUGGUGCUGGAGCAGUUCCUGAACAUCCUGCCCAAGGACAUCCAGGCGUGGGUGCAGGGCCAGCGUCCCGAGAGCGGGGAGGAGGCGGUGGCUCUGGUGGAGGAUUGGCAGACGGAGCCCAGGAGAGCAGGGCAGUGGAGAAAGGAAGUGUUCAUCAAGACGAUGGUGCCCCUGGGAGCCAGGCCGGAGUCACAGAGCUUCCAGCUAGAGCCAGCGGAGCCCCAGUCGGGGGCGAAAUUCCAGAAACUAGGGGCGUGGAGCCCAACGCCGGGGUCCCAGGAACACCUAAGGCCCAAGGAAGAGUCCCAGCCCUUGGAGGAGAGCGUGACCAGUGACCUUGCCUACUAUAUCGACAAAGUCGAACCGACCAGGGCCGUGCUUAUCCCCCGGGUUCCUGCCCUGCCCAAGGUGGAGAGUGACGACGACUGGGAGAUGGCGGCCGAAUCCCAGGAAGUCCCGGACCACCUGAGCCCUGCUCAGAAGGACCUGUACGGGGACAUCAGUCAGGAGCACCAGGCGAAUGAGAUCCCUCCCGGAUUACCCGUUUUAAAACCCGCUGUGAUCUCCCAGCUGGAGCCAGGAAAGGAAGUGUGGAAGGUGGAGUUCCAGGGCUUUGCGGAAGAGAGGACCCCAAGAGACCCCGACCUAGGGGAAGAACAAGGGAGACCAGGGCAGCCAUCUGUAAGGAAAGAGGUGAAAAGCUGGGAAGAGCAGGAGCACUGGGAUGUGGAGGAUUUGAAGGUUUCGGGCGUGCACUGGGGCUAUGAGGAAACCAAGACGUUCCUGGCGAUUCUGGGCGAGGCUCCGUUCUCCGAGAAGCUCCGGACCUGUCACCAGAACCGCCAUCUGUACCGGGCCAUAGCGGAGCGGCUGCGGGAGCACGGCUUCCUCCGGACGCUGGAGCAAUGUCGCUACCGAGUCAAAAACCUGCUGAGGAGCUACCGGAAGGCCAAGAGCAGCCACCCGCCGGGGACCUGUCCCUUCUACGAGGAGCUGGACGCCUUGGUGAGAGCCCGGGCGGGGGUGAGGGCAACUGAUGGCCUGGAAGAGUCCCUGUACAUUUCCAGGUCCGGGGGUGACGCGGAGGCCGACCCAGAAGACCAGGAGCAAAGCGGAUGGGAAAAUGAGGGCGCGGAGGAGGCCGUGGCUUUCGAGGAUUGUAACGGUGACGAUUUGGUCAUCGAAGAGUCGACGCAGGAGUCGGAGGCGUCCGGAGCCCCAGCCCUGUUCCAAAAUCGCGUCGCAGGCGUGCACUGGGGCUACGAGGAAACCAAGACUUUCCUUGGCAUCCUGGGCGAGGCUCCGUUCUCCGAGAAGCUCCGGACCUGUCACCAGAACAGCCAGGUGUACCGGGCCAUAGCGGAGCGGCUGCGGGAGCACGGCUUCCUCCGGACGCUGGAGCAGUGUCGCUACAGGUUCAAAAACCUCCUGAGGAGCUACCGGAAGGCCAAGAGCAGCCACCCGCCGGGGACCUGCCCCUUCUACGAGGAGCUGGACGUCCUGGUGAGGGCCCGCGUCGGGGUGAAGGCAGCCGACGGCCUGGAGGAGUUCCCGUACCUCCCCGGGCCCGGGGGGAGCAAUGCCGAGAGUGAAGACCAGGAGCAGGCGGGCUGGGAAGGCGAGGAAGCUGGGCAGGAGGCGGUCCCGGACGAGAAUGAGGACGAACCGGGCAUCGAGGCACCGAUUCAACACCUUGAGAACCCUGAAGCCCCGGCCCCGUUCCAGAGCCACGCCGGUUUUGAGAGCCAGAGCGAGAAUGAGGAGCAGAACCCGGACCCGGCAACCUCCGUGGCCGUGGUCCUGCCUCGGGCCUUAUUGGAAAACUCCAAAGACGGUGUUUCCCGGCUUCCCUCCUGGAAGAAGGACUGUGAGGACGAAUGUGAGUUAGAAGGACACUGGGCAGGUUUCCCUGGAGAGAGGUGGGGGAGAGCGACACUCGAAGAGGGCUUGGGGAAACUCAUAGACCAGCAGGGACUCUACCUGGUGGUCGACAAACCCUAUAAAUGCGGGGAGUGCGUGAAGAGCUUCAGCCGGAGCUCGCACUUCAUCGCCCACCAGAGAAUCCACACGGGGGAGAAACCCUACAAAUGCCUAGAAUGUGGGAAGAGCUUCAGUGACCGCUCAAACCUCAAUACCCACCAGCGGAUCCACACCGGAGAGAAGCCGUACAAGUGCCCCGAGUGCGGGAAGAGUUUCAGCGACCACUCGAACCUCGUGGCGCACCAGCGGAUUCACACGGGAGAGAAGCCGUACAGGUGCGGCGAGUGUUGGAAGAGCUUCAAUCAGAGCUCCAACCUGAUUAAGCACCAGAGGAUCCACGCGGUCGAAAACUCCGAGAGGUGCGGCGAGCGCGGGGACGGGCCCCCGGACUGGCCGGACAGCGAGGCGGGGGCCAGUAAGAACCCGACCGUCACCAACCACCAAAGAACCCAGCCGGGAGAAAAACUCUACAGCUGUCCCGAGUGUGGGAAAAGUUUCACCAAGAGUUCGGCCCUCUCCACCCACCAAAGGAUGCACGCCGGCGAGAAGCCGUACGAGUGCCCCGAGUGCGGCAAGAGUUUCAGGAAGAGCUCCACUCUCGCCAGUCACCGGAGGAUGCACACGGGCGAGAAGCCGUACGAGUGCCUCGAGUGUGGGAAGUGCUUCGGUGAGCGCUCCAAGCUCGUCACGCACCAGAGGGUCCACUCGGGAGAGAAACCCUACAAGUGUCUCGAAUGUGGGAAGAACUUUCGGGACCGCUCCAACCUCAUUACCCACCAGAGGAUCCACACUGGGGAGAAACCCUAUAAAUGCGGGGAGUGCGGGAAGUGUUUUAACCAGAGCUCGAGUCUCAUCAUACACCAGAGGAUUCACACGGGGGAGAAACCCUAUAAAUGCACCGAAUGCGGGAAGGACUUCAACAACAGCUCGCAUUUUAGCGCCCAUCGGAGAAUUCACGCGGUGGAGAAACAGAAGUAGGGGGCCGAGAUUCAAACACGCGCUUUGAUUUUCCCCCCAUCCUCCGGUCUUUGCGCCAGAAAGGAAGAACCUGCUAACUGCUGGGCUGGGUCUGUUCCGGGGGAAGCCGUUCUGGUGUUAGUUCAGGAACCGUGGAAAUGUUUCGUUGUGUUUUGGGGCCUGAAGACUUGGAUUCUGCCGUUUCCCAGAUGGUAGUUUUCAGUACACUCUGGCACUGUACGCAGCUGGAAAUUCCUCACACUGGCUGAUGAGUUUCGGUGCUUUUUACUUUUUCUUUUUUUUUUUUGAUCGUCAACUCAGGUGGUACCGAGAUCCCGUCUUGUACCAGAGGAGCCCUCCCAGGGGUGGGAAGAACCGCUAAAAGCCCCAGAACAGAGACGGUGACUCUGACGGGGACAGACCGCACAGGAUCCUUAAUAGAAACCCAGCAGGUAUCUCAAGGAAACCAACGGUUAUCCUCAUUCUCUCCCAGUGAAGCAAACACUAAUAAUAAUAGUGGUAUUCAAGUGUUGACUA